AUGGAUGAAGUGCAAACUAUAGAGGCAGCCGUCCUAUCCUUCUAUCGGGGUGGGUCCGAACAGCAGAAAGAAACCCACAAAUGGCUACAACAGGUGCAGAACAGUCCACAGGCCUGGUCUUUCUGUUGGGAGCUGAUGCAGCUAAACAAAUCGUCCGAGAUUCAGUUUUUCGGAGCAAUCACACUGAAUUCAAAGCUGCGCAGCGAUUGGGUGGAAGUGCCGAAGGAAGCACAUCACGAACUUAAGCAGAAGUUGCUAGAAACGAUCGUUCUCUUCGGAAACGGUCCGAAAAUCGUUCUGAACAGGCUGUGUAUCUCGCUUGGUCUCUUUAUCGUGCAUAUGCUGCGACAUCCGACAGUAAUAGAGGAGGUGACCAAUAUGUUUCUGCACGAACAGUUGGGCAACCUUUCGAAAGUAACCCAGAUCGAGAUCCUGAUGGCGGUGCUGGAGGGCAUCCCGGAGGAGGUGAAAACCAUACGCACACAGAUCCCUCGGUCGGUGGUAUGCGAGGAGCUGAACCGGAAUGCGGAAUUCGUCAUGCAAACCGUGGUGACGUACCUGAACGAGAAGCUUAGCCACAGUGCGGUCGAACCGCACGAUAUGAAUGGGUUGAUAAAUGCGGCCAAAUGUACCGGCACUUGGGUCACGCACGGAAACGUGCAUUUGAACGAUCGGGAAGCCAUGAUACAAACACUGCUAAAAGCCGUCCACUACUGCUAUUGGAAGGAACCGAAGGACGACGGUUGUCUGAUGCCGGAAGAGAACGAACUGGUGGAGACGGCACUUAAAUCAUUGGCGAACAUUAUCUCUUCGUACGCGACCCAAAGUACGAAAUAUUCCUUCACCAUUAUCAACUACAUGAAGUUGUUUCUGGACGUGCUCGUGCCCAUCCUGGACGCGGAGUAUAAAGAGAACAAUGACAACGAAAAUCUUGCCCUUAUAAUCUAUGCCCUGUUCAUCUCCACCCUCGAGUGCUUUUCGUCGGCAAUCUUCGCCGGCAUCGCGACGGAUUCGGAAGAAGUGUCCAAGGUGUACACCCGGACUGUCGAUAUGUUGAUCAAAUGUACGGACAAACCGGGCACCUAUCCGGUGGAUGAAUCGUGCAGUACCUACGCGAUGGAGUUUUGGUACAUGUUGCAGGAGGAGGUCCUUUCCAUGGAUAAUGGCGAACGCAAGAAACGUUGCCUGGAAGCCAUCAAACCAGUAUACGCACACGUGGUGAAGGUGUUGGUACGAAAAUCCCAACUGCCCACGGAAUCUUCCCUGCACAAGUGGAACGACGAUGAUCUGGAAGCGUUUCGCUGCUAUCGGCAAGAUAUCGGUGAUACGCUGCUCUCCUGUCAUGACGUGCUGAACGAUCUCAUGCUGGAUGUGUUGUCGGAAGCGCUCGACGAAUCGAUCAUGUACCUCAGCUAUGAUCCACAGUCGACGGAAAGCUGGACGCUACUGGAAGCGACCAUACAUGCGUUCUGCUCCAUUGCACAAAAGAUCGAGUACACCGAACAUCAGCAGAUUGUGAAGCUGCUCAAGAUACUGAACGAAAUCCCGUACGAAAAGUAUAACGACAAGCUGUUCGGGAUGGCACUCGAGACGGUCGGUGCGUACAGCGAGUGGAUCGGGGACAAUCCCAAAUAUCUCCCGCCCGCCAUCACGCUCCUGGUGAAGGGACUGAACUCCACCAAAGCUUCCCAGGCAACGCUCGGUUUGAAGGAUCUCACAUCCGAAUGCCAAAAGGAGGUAAUCCCGUACGCACUACCAUUGCUGGACGCAUGCCGAACGGCCCUCCAGGAAGGUCACCUGAAGAAUGCGGAAAUGAUCCGACUGAUGUACACCGUGGGUAACAUACUGAGCGUGAUUUCAUACGAAAACAUUAUCCUCUACCUGGACGCGAUGGUUUCGCCCUGCUUCGAGGAGCUGCAGAUACACGUACAAAACAACGAUCGGACUGAACCGACCAAGGCACGGGUUGUGCUUCGGCUCGAAAUGAUCUCGAAGCUGUUCUCCUCCCUAAACAUCCGGAAGCCGACGGAGGGCGACAUGGAUAAGGGUUUGGGACCGGACGCACAAAAGCUACCUUUUCCCGGCGCACCGGCGGUACCGGGUGCGCCCGUACAACCAAUCUUGCUGAUACUGGAGAAAACGAUGGGACUGCUGAAGGAUCUGUGUACACUGUGGAUACACGACGAGACGGUCAUCGAUACGCUGUGCAAAGCGUUACAGCAAGCGCUCACGAAUCUGAUGGAUGACAUUAAACCGCUGCUUACGGAGAUGUGCUGUCUGGUGCUAUCGAUCCUGAACACGAACUGUGUCGUAUCGGCGGCAGAUAUUGCGGGGAAUUUCAUUUUGAUGUUUUACAAAGAUCAAGACUCUAGGCAACUCAUGGUACAACUGUUUACUGCCAUCAUGGACUACAACUUUAACCAGAUGCAGCAAAAUUUGGGAAAACUCUCCCGGAUAGCGGAUUUGAUUGAAACGUUCUACGCGUUCAAUACGAGAAUAUCGAAAAAGAUCCCUAUUUGCUACAGCGAGGUCCAGGUUGACUGUAUGAAGCUAGUCGAUUUCGCCACCAAGUGCAUGAUGUUACCCGAGACCGGACCGAUGAAGAAAAGUGUAGCGUUCAUUACGAUGUUCGUGAAGGAAUCGACCAAUCAUCCAGUGAUGAUGAAUGUCGUACUGGCACAGGGUGAAAAUAUCGUCCGAUCUACCUUUCUGUGCAUCGGCGGUACAGCGCUUCGCACACAGGUGGAAAUAUUUGCCGACAUCUUUCUCGCCCUUAACUUCCGCUAUCCGACAGAGUUUAUCCAGUGGAUGAAGCUGCUGGAGAUAUCAAACUUUCCGACCGCAUUCGUUAGCGCUAACGAUAAGGAGCAAUUUAUGCGAAAAGUCAUCAAGGAACGUGUCAACAAGCGGCUCGUGCAAGACCAUGUGCGAAAAUUUGCUGCACUCUGCAGGAACAUUGUUGAGUAUGAGAACAAAUAA